AUGUCGUCGCCAGCACCGCAAGCUUUGGUCGCGCCCGCACUCAUUGGCACAUGGGCUAACUUCAUGGUGUAUAUGCUCGAGCUUGUGCUGGCAUGGCGGUAUUAUACGAGCGGUCUACUGCGCCCCACCGGGGCAAAUACCGGCGUGUCCCGCUUGCUUGUCCCCUUGCAGCUUCUUGUGGACGCACUAGGCACUAUAUUUAGCUCUACCACGGCAUACCUGAUGCUAGUAGUUCACUGGGGAGACUACGCAUAUCUCGCUAGAAACUCUUGGGCACUUUCCGCUUUUUGCAUCACAGGCGGGAUGAGUGGGUAUUUAGAGCAAGUAUAUCUCAUCCGACGGUACGGAGCCCUGUCCACGAACUACCUCGUCUGUGCCGUCCUAGCCCUCACUGCUACGACCUCGCUCGCAGCGGCAAUUGGCGUCGGCAUUAUCACAUUCAAGCAUCCUUCGAUAAAUGAUCGGGGAAUUGUCGCCCCCGUCACACUGCUUUGGUUCAUCAGCUCGGCCUUCACCGACGUCGCAAUCGCGUCCUCACUAGUCAUCCAACUGUGCAGAUACAAAUCGCCGUUCAAAGAAACCCAGAAUGUCGUUCGGCAGCUCAUAGUCACAGCCAUCCAAACAGGCUCCGUCACAGCCCUCCUCGCGACGCUGGCAAUGAUCGGCUUCGUGGUGUGGCCGGAAACGGCGAUCACGUUUGCCUUUGGCUUCCCUUUAGGCCGUGUGUACGGCUGUACACUGCUGUACAACCUCGUCUUCAUACGGGGUUCGCGCAAUGGGAGCGAUGUCGCGGACUCGGAUGAACGCCUCUCAGGCUCCCGGUCGCGGCAGGUCUCGGGCGGACGCGAUGUUCGUGAACGAGCGACGGCGCUGAGCAACUUUGGCGGAAUACACAUCCACCAAAUCGUACAGGUGACGAAGGACACUCAAAUGGAUGACGGUGACGAUAUCAGCAUUGGGAAUGAUAAACGUCCGACGGGAGUUUAA